AUGACAGUUCCAAAAUUCGUGGUGGAUGAUGCUACGAUAUUACCAAUGGUUACUCAAACUUCUGAUUUGAUGCUCAAGUUAGUCGAUCAUAUGCAUCAAUUGCUGAUUCAAUAUCUUGCUUUAAUGGAUUGCACUCAAACUGGUAUUCUUCCACCAAAGGCUACAUCUAAUGGCAUUGAAGGAAAAUGGGUACUUAAAAGAACAAAGAAACCUGCUAUGAAACCAUCUGAAUCUAAAACCACACAACCCACUAAAGAGCUUAUAGUCGAAACUGUUGAGCCAAUAGCUGAGAAAGUUCCUAUUGAGAUUAUUGCUUCUAUUGAAGAAACACUUACAUAA